CUUAUAAUCUUGGUGUCAGGAUUGUUCGCUGAGGACUUGCCCAGGGAGCAACGGCAGCUGUUUGCCCGGGGCGUGCGCCGAAGGUCGGGUCGAGACAGCUGCGGGCAACAGGCAGGCAGUAGCUUGAAGGGCUUUCACACAAAGUUGCAGCGCUAUAUCAGCUGUACAAUCUAAUGUUUGAAAGCUCUACUAGUUUGCGUCUUGCUGCCCUGUAGACCCAAGCAAUUCAGCGAAAUUGGGCAUCGCGUGAAGGCAAGACUUCCCCUCUUGACAACCCUCCUCCCCACCGUGCAUAGCAUAAGUUUAAUCUGUUAAAAAUGGAGUGUACAGUAGUUUGCAUAGAUAAUAGCGAAUACUCGCGGUCGGGGGACUACGCCCCGACGCGCUUCCAAGCCCAGGCCGAUGCCGUCAACCUGCUCGCCGGCGCCAAAACUCAGGCGCACCCUGAGGCUACUGUAGGCGUCCUCACAAUGUCGGGCAAGACCCCGCGCGUGCUGGUGACCCCAACGCCAGAUCUAGGCAAGGUGCUGAACUGCAUGACCACAAUAGAAAUAGAUGGAGAGUGCAACAUCUCAUCCUCGGUACAAAUAGCACAGCUGGCGCUGAAGCACCGCCAGAACAAGAACCAGCGGCAGCGGAUCGUCAUCUUUGUGUGCAGCCCCGUCACGGAGGAGAAGGACAAGCUGGUGAAGAUUGCGAAGAAGCUUAAGAAGAACAACGUGGCCGUGGACGUGGUCAGCUUCGGGGCGGAGGACGAGAACCAGGAGAAGUUGGAUGCCUUCCUGGAGGCUGUAAACUCCAACGGGAACUCCCACCUGGUCACGGUUCCGCCCGGGCCCGUGCUGUCGGACGUGCUCAUCUCAUCGCCAAUCUUCCAAGGGGAGGGCGGCGGUGGCUACGGCUUUGCUGGCGGUGCGGGCGGUGGUGGUGGUGGCGGUGGUGGUGGUGGCGGCGGCGAUGGCUUUGAGUUUGGCGUGGACCCCAACAUGGACCCCGAGCUGGCGCUGGCACUGCGGGUGUCGCUGGAGGAGGAGCGCGACCGGCAAAACCGAGCCGCAGCAGCAGCUGCGGCAGCCGAUGGCGGCGCGGCGCCCGCGGAGGGCGGAGCCGUGCCUGCUGCCGAGGCGGCGGCGGCGCCAGUUGCUGCCACGCCUGCGCCCGCUGUAGCUGCCACGGCGCCGGCUGCUGCUGGCGCCGGCGCUGCUGGCAUGGACCUGGAUGAAGACGCCCUGCUGCAGCAGGCUCUGGCCAUGUCGAUGGAGGUCGACAGCGCUGCGGCGGCCGCCGCUGCGCCCGCUGCGGAGGCCGUGACGCCCGCACCCACCACGGCUGCAGUGGCCACACCCGGCGCGCCGGCGCCGGCCGCCGCGGCUCCAGCCGCGGAUGCGGACGCCAUGGACGAGGAUGCCGAACUGCAGCUGGCGCUGGCGCUGUCGAUGCAGGACGCCGGGCCGGAGACGAAGGAGAGCGACAAGUAACUAGAACGACAAGGAAGGCCCGGAAACGUAUGGACACGGCAAGAUUAGGAAUGGAGAAUGGGGCGCCGAGUUGGGAGGCUCGCGUGUAGAUUAUCAGGUAUGCAUCCCUACAGACUGUUGAAUUGGCAGGCGAGGGGUUGUGCGCGUGUUAGCGCUGCGGCCACGAAAGAGGACCGGCCUGGCGUUGCAGGCAUGCGACCGGGCGCAUGGAACAUUUAACCGGUUCCGUUGUGCGCCGAACCCAGUCCGCACAUGCAGUUGGUUUGGUGCGGUAAGCAAGGCCAGGAUAGAAAGUGACACGAUGCGGCCGGGCGUGAGGAAUGGAAGCAUUGUAAAUGUGCUGGGGGUAAGCCGCCUGUGUGCUCGCUUUUCACCAUGGUGUGCGGUACAGAGUGGCAAAAUCGCUUGAGAGUGCCUUUGCCUGGCCGGGUAUCCGGAUGGCACUAUAAGGACGGGUUUGUGCGUUACGCAUGCUUAUUGUGCGCUACGCAUGCGUCUGGGACUGGACGCAUGCGUGCCAGAACGCAUGAAGCAUGAGGGGCGGGGGGCCGGGUCGGGCGCACAGCCGUGCCAUGUUCCAUCACGAGCAUGCGGGCCGCAUGCAGGCGCAUGCGCACCGACCUGACGCAAGCACUAAGAGACGCACGUAUUCCUGCAAGUCACGACAUAGUCGUAGACAGCAAGCACGGCUCGCUCGCUCGUAGGGUCGCGUGAUCGCCGGACGCGGCACUCCAACACUUCAACAGCGUCAGACCCUGCUAUAUGAUGCAAUGUGUAUAUCAAAACGAACAGUAUAAGUAGGCUAGCAGGCCUUGCGAAGUAUUCACUCGGACAUAGUGCUAGACUUUUAGUCUUUAGACGGUCGGGCCUAAACGAGUGAACGCAUGUGUAUAUAUGGUAUGCUGUACUAUCUGGGCGUCGCACCAAGCAACCAGCAUGGAGGCUGCACCUGACAAGGCGGGUUGUGUGGCUGGCGUGUAGAGGGCUGGCCACUGCCGCUGCCGCGCACUGCUCGCAAGGCCGGGGACUGCGAGGCAGCUCAAGGUGUGCGUAGAGUGCGUAGGCGUGGUUGUUUCUGCGACAGUGCCU